AUAAAGAAAAAUAAUAAACAACGUUUUCUUUGAGCUCAUAACCCAGAUUCCCCUUUGGAUUCUUUGUUUAUGAUCUCAAAAACAGUUUUAGGAUCUCAAAAACAUUGUCGCCAUGGCAGCAGAAAUGCGAUUGUCGUUGUUGAUUGUGUUGGUUGUGUUUCCCUGCGUAGUAUUCGCCCAUUCGUGGAAUGAGGCCCACGCCACCUAUUACGGUGCCCCUGAGGGCACCAUAGGCGGCGCGUGUGGGUUCGAAGAAUACAAACAAAUCUAUUCCCCAUACACCGCAGCUCUGAGCCCAACACUGUACAACGAGGCCGAAAGCUGCGGCGCCUGCUUCGAAAUAGUAUGCGUAAACACCACCGGGUUUUGCAAGAAAGACGGCGAGAAAUCCGUGGUGGUUACCGCCACGGAUUUGUGCCCCGCGAGUGACGCGCGGUGCAGCCCACCGCACGUUCAUUUCGAUCUCUCUCAGCCCGCGUUUCACCUAAUCGCGGAGCACUUGGGUGGGGAUGUUCCGGUGAAGUACCGCAAGGUUUCGUGCAAGAGAAAGGGGGGCGCGAAGUUUACGAUUACGGGGAACCCUAAUUUUAACUUGGUGACGGUUACGAAUGUUGCGGGGGGCGGGGAUGUUGAGACGGUGGAGGUGAAAGCUGAAGGGGAUAAAGAAUGGAAAAAUAUGAAACGUAAUUGGGGUGAGAAAUGGGAGACCAGUGAAGUGUUGUCUGGGAAAUCUCUGAAUUUUAGGGUCACCACCACCGAAGGGGAAGUGGUGACUUCCAAGCAUGUUGCCCCCGAGUCGUGGCAGUUCGGACAGACAUUCGAAGGCAAAAACGUUUGAUUCAACUUAACACUAAGAUGUCACAAUCCUUUUUUGCGCUACCUUUUCUUCUGUUGUAAAUUGUUAGAUGCCGCCGGGCAGUUUUGAAGUAAUGAUGUCUCGUAAUACGUACACUAUUGUGUUCCAAUGAAUUUGAGUAAACAAAAAUAAAAUGUUCAGUUCAAGAAA